UUUUUUUUCUUUCCCAUUUAUCAAAUCAACCACCCGACGAAUAAGAACCCUAGAAUCCAUUCCAUUCCUCUUUCAAUUUUUCAAUCGAACAUUCAAUUAAGGGAUAGAAAGUUCCCAAUGUACGCCUAGUUUGAGAAUUACAUUUCGUUAUUUUCUCAGGUGCUUUUGCAAUUUGCCCGGCCUUCGUUCGUUCAACAAGUUUCGACCCAAUUCAUUAGGAAGAUGUCGUCAUCACCUUUUCCAAUCCUGGACAACCGCCCAAUCGACAAGUGGAAGGUUACCGAGUUGAAGGAAGAGCUCAAACGACGGAGACUCACUACACAAGGCUUGAAGCUGGAUUUGGUUAGGCGUCUCCAUGAUGCCCUUCGUGCUGAGCAACAAGAGUCUGAAACUGCUGCUCUUGCCGCUGCCAAUCAGCUGCCUGAUGUUACUUCUGUUCCUCUAGUUGGAGGAGCGGCAUUCACCACUCCAGAACCAGUUGGGGUUAAGACAACAACCACUGAAGCAUCAGCUGCCGUUGAGACAACACCACCCCCUGUGUUUUCUAAACCAGAUAGUGUCCUUGAUGAUGUCAGAGACGUAGCUGCUCUUAAUGCUCCAGUAGUUACCCAAGAGGCAUCUAAUGAGCAGAUUAUUGAGAUGGAGAAUAAGGAGACGUUUAGCGGGUUGGAUUCUAAGGCCCAACCUACAGAGGUUUCUGCUACCCACAACCAGGUAUCUGAGGUCAUCCCCGUUACAGGGUUUGAGGUAAAAUCUGAUUGUAUUUCUACCGAUUGUGUGUCAUCAAAUAAUGAAAAAAUACAACUAAAGGGUAACGAAAUUGCUGAUAAUGUCAAAUUAGAACAUAGUCUUAGUAAGUCCCAAGAGCCAUCAACAGUCAUUGGCAAAUCGCAUCCAAAGAUAUCUGCCGGGGGUGGAGAUGAUGCAGAUAUGACCAAAGGAUAUAAUAAUAAUAGUGUCGAUGCAGGCGACUAUGAAAAGUUGAAUUUAGAUAGAAGUUCUGGUGAUGAGUCUAUGGAUGAUGAGCCUGAGACAAAGCAAAAUGAAUCGGUUACGUCUCAUGAAGUGGUGGAUAAGAGUGUGCAAAAUGACUUGCUUCCUGACAAGGCUGAUAAUAUGGAUGGUGAGAAAGGAGAAGCCCCUGAUAACAAAAGCCAUCCACUGGUGGCUUCUGACAAAAGAAAGCUUCCUGUUAAUGAUCAAGAAGCUGUUGGACACAAUGAGCCUGCAAAGAGGCAGCGCCGAUGGAACUCUGAGAAUAUUAAAGUUCCUGAAGCACAAGCCGUGGAACCCACUACAACACCGAGGUCAGCUGGUCUGAAGCGUGACUUCUCCCGCUCUGUCUCUUCGGUUAGUGAGGAUGGACACAAGGAACGCGUGGUUCCUCCAUCUCCAAAGGAGCCUACCAAUUUCCUCAGGAUUGAUCGUUUCCUUAGGCCGUUCACACUGAAAGCUGUUCAAGAGCUUUUGGGCAAAACUGGAAAUGUCACUAGUUUCUGGAUGGACACCAUUAAGACCCACUGCUACGUAUCAUAUGGUUCAGUUGAAGAAGCUGCAGCAACAAGAGAAGCAGUGUAUAACCUCCAAUGGCCACCUAAUGGAGGCCGUCUUCUGACAGCUGAAUUUGUUGGACCAGAGGAAGUGAAGGCCAAACUAGAAGCUCCUCCUCAGCCACAGACCCAGGCUCCUUCGCAUCCACCUGCAACUGCUUUGCCACCACCACCGCCUUUGGCCAAAGCACCUCCAGUCAAAGAACGUCAUGCCCUUCCUCCUCCUCCUCCUCUAGUCCCGGAGGAACAAGAGGCUCCCAUAGUCACUCUGGAUGAUCUUUUCAAGAAGACAAAAGCAAUCCCCAGGAUAUAUUACUUGCCCUUGUCAGAUGAGCAAGUUGCGGCUAAACUUGCAGCUAAUAACAAGUGAUCUUGUUGCUUCUUGGCGAUUUCAUGCCAUUAUGUUCGUUGCAGGCUCUUAGGAAUUUAGCUUAGUUGCGGACAAAAGUUGAGAGGACUUGUUGAGUUUGGUUUGGUAUUGCUAAUGGUAGAACGCAGGAGAAGACUCCUUUAUGUUUUUUUUACUAUACUUUGGUACCUUUUGAUGAACGAACAAAGUUGGUUGUGCUGGAUGGACCUCUCUGCUCUGUAUUCCUUCUUUUUUUCUUCUUUUUAUGGAGCUUUGAACAAUUGUUGGUUUAAAAUAAUUACUGACAGACCAA